GAUUAACAUGUACCAAAGUAGCUUGUGUAAGAAGAGAACAGCAUCGUAGCCACAGGGCCAGUCAGCUAAUCUACGAGGCAGACAGAAUACACACAGCACUCACCUCUGUGCAGACCAAGAGAGAAGCCUAACGAAGCUAUUGGGAAAACUGAACCACAUCUCCAAUAAUGCUCCGUUGAUCCCACCAUGUGAACUCCCUUUUCUCGGUGUGAACCCUGGGGUCUGAGGGCAUCAUGCUGGAUACACAGGGCCAGUGGUCCAAGGCGUUAGCCGACAACAACAUAAGAGCCAUUAUCCGCUGGCUGCAGAAGCUUACAGCUAAAGGUAAAGCUGAUGUGGAGGAAAUCCUACUGACGUUCAGCUGCUGGGUAAAAAGGACAUCAGAGUUUGCUAAAAAUGAGUUAUUAACACUAUGUUUGAGCCACUGCCAGGGCUUGUGGAUGUUUCUAGACCACAGGGCUUUCACCAGGGUGCACAUGCUGCUCCAGAGACUGAGGAACUUGCUUACCCUGGCCCAGUGGGCAAAAAGGCAUCUCAGUUCAGCCCACCUCUGGCAUGGUUUAGGCAUCCCAUGUGUGGUCUGCAGGGAUACAUUCUGCUCUUCAGACGUCAGACGUGGCUGCUGGAACCGAGAGCACAGGGCCCUAAAGCAACACAUCUUGCUGGGACGGCUGGUUCUGUGGUGGGGCAUCAUGGGACUUUUACCCAAGAAACCUGAGGCUCACGAGGUGAAGCGCAUCUCUCAGAUGUGGAAGGAAAUGGAUCACAGCCAUCGGAACGCUUGUCUCAAGACCCCUAGAUGGGAGAAAGGAGAAAUGGAAAGAUGUAGGUCUUUGAUACAGGGUAUGGUGACUCAGCUGAACAGACAACAUGGGUGCAUUUGGACUUCUGAAGACUGCACAGACCAUUGCUAUCCUCCUCCUAAUCUACAGGCCUUGCUGAUGCUUGUGCUGGUGCCUCAUAUCGACAACAUGUCAGUCCAAGCACUCUUCAUGUACUUUGUUCUGGAUUUGGCAAACUCCCUGCAGUGCAAGGACGACCUCCUUAAAGCUUUCUGCCACGCUUUCACUAUUCCUUCCAGCUUUUCCCAACAAAUCAGGGCCUUCUGGAUGCUUGAUCAUGGACACAUCAAGGCCUCCAUGGAGUUAUUGUUGAGCCCCAGGACUGCUGCUCCCUGUGUCUCCUGGCAGCAUCAUUGCAUCAUCCACUGUCUGUUAAUGAGGAAGCAGCCUCAGUUGGCGUUAAGGUACCUCCACUGGACCAGACCUGCAAUAGAAAGCGCUGAAGAUGCUAAGCUCUGUGCAGAUGUGCUACUUCUAAACAGUUGUGUUUCUGAAGCCUGGGCUCUGCUGAAGAAAGGCCACACAGAAAGUGACAACAUGGUCAUGUACCUCCUCCAGGCUUGUAAUAGACUUGGUCUAUGUGCAAAGACUUUGAUGUGCAUCCCUGCAGAAUGCAACGGUGACAGGGGCACUGUAAAUGGAACUACAGGGUCACAGCUGCUACUGAUGAACAAAGGAAGACCACCCUGCCCGCUGUCUGCCAAACUGUAUCAGGCCCAGAGAAUCAACACAGUGUCACCGGAGGAACUGGUCCAACUAGUCAGAAAGGCUGUGAUGGAAGUAAGAAAGCCACAUCCCAAGAUAAGUGAGGUGGUGUGGCCGGAGCACACAGAGAGAAAAUCGAAAAGCAGAGAGAUGUAUCUGUCAACACAGGCUCUCCGUCACCUCACGCCCAGCCCCUCCCCAAUGGAAAUGGUAGAAGAAACUAAACAAACAGCACAUACAGAUGAACUAGAAGAGGAACAGCCUCAGCACCCUGAGUCACCAAAGGACAUUUCUUCUUCUGAGGAUCUGAGUUCUGAGUCUGUCUCAUGCUUCACCUCAGCCUUGUCCUUGCCUCUGUUGAGACGGGACCGUCCUUAUGUGUACAAAAGUACCUUGACCCUGCAAAGGAUCUCCUCUUUCCUCAAUGAUGGAGAGAACCAAAGCAGGGAAGAAAAAGAAGAAGAAGAAGAAGAAGAAGAAGAGAGUAGAACCCCUUCAUCAGUUGACGGUGACGCCGACCCAGAUUGCCUUGAGCGGACAAUGACACUAGAUGGCGCCACAGACCCCUUUUUUCUGGGCAACUUGAACAACGACGUUUUGGUAGAGCUGGUGCUUUCUUCACAGGAGGGAGAAGAGGGUGUUCAGACAGAUGUUUUAUCAAGCGAGGAUUUUUUCAGUGAUGCAGUUUCAAGAAUUUCCAUGGAUGAAACCCUUCCUGCAAACAACAACAGUACUACAGUAAUGAGGUCAGCCAACCAGUGCCCUCCCUAUGUGAGCCCAAGGUGGAGUGUCACAGCUUCAUCUCACCUGACUACGGUGUCAGAGAAAAUAUCUUGCUGUAAAGGAGAAAAAAUCCUUCAUGGUCCCCCAGAUGUCACAGAUUUGUGGAGCUCUGCAUUACCACUCAGCCACGAAGAACAAUCGUAUGGCAUCCCUUCAGAGAUUUUCAGUUUCAGUGAAGCAGCCCGUCACCAGAAAACAUAUGAGGAUCAGCAACAAGAGGAAGCAGUGGGAUGCUUCAAUCAAGACCUCUCCUGUGACCUGUCUGAAACCACUCAGAACAUGCUGACUGACCUUCCUCACAGCCUUCUGCCAGAGGAUAAUGUAGCCAGUGGCCCAUGGGCCUCAGCAGGGACCGCUCAGCAGGACAUUGCCCGUCUCACCCCCAUAUGUAGCUCUUUUUUCCCCACACAGCUUCAGAUCUCUGGUUUCUCUCAGACCCCCAGCCUAACCUGCAACAUAACAACCACCUCUGCUCCCUCUGACAUCACCAACGAGAGCUCCCCCAAAGCCCAAUUAAAAACAGAUGAACCCUGUGUCCAGGGCACCUCAGCCUGGCUCAAUCAUUGCAAAAUGGGCAGCUGGUGGAAACAAGACCUGGAAACCUGUAGUGCUUCCACUGGCCUUCUAUCUGCUCCAGAGCCAGGAGCAGCUAUCCCAUCAGGGAGACAAAGAAGAGCUCGCAGGUUGGAGUAGUUUGGGGAAGGAUUCACAAGGUGCCAUAAGAAGUGUGAGAACACUAUCAAGGAAAGGAAAACGAGUGAAGAGAGCAUGAAGAUUUAGCACAUCUAUGACACAGGACAGCACACGAGAACUGCACAGAAUGAAAUAUAUUCUCUACGUCUUUUAAAAUGAUGCAUCUUUCCUUUAAUUCAGAUAUACAUUUUUAACCUAGAGCAAAACUGUAAGAAUUAACUCACACCACUCAAUCAUUGAGGCAGAAGUCCUGCCACGCCCUUUUUCUUCCACUGUAAUAUCACGUGUCAGAAACACUCAUUUCAUAAUGUAG